AUGGGAGAAAGAGAAGCCGGUUCCAGCAGCAGCCUAGCAGGUGGUGGUGAGACUCCAUUACAUAGUAUUGUAGUCCAAAAAGAAAAUGAUGCCAAUACAGCAGUUCCUCUUUCUAAGAAUGAAAAAAAGUGGCUUGAAUCUUUCGUGAAUCUUUCUAAGAAUCAUCACGAGGUGAUCAGGACAAAGAUAGAGAGAGUUCCAGCAAUGCUUCGUGAGGUUAAAGAUAACAGUGGUUGCUAUGAUCCUCUGGUGGUUUCAAUCGGUCCUUACCACUAUGGAAAUACCAGGCUUGAGCUAAUGCAGCGGCACAAACAAACAAUGGCGCUCCAGUAUGUAGAUGGGGACUUGAAGCUGCUGGAAAAGUUGUAUCAGGAUGUCAGGCGCGUGGCAGAAGCUGCAAAACAAUGCUACACUGACCAGAGCUCCGUCGGCAAGUUCAACAACGAGGACUUCUCUCAGAUAAUGUUUCUUGAUGCCUGCUUCAUCCUCCGGUUCAUCUACUGCAUUGCAAAAGAUGAACCAAAGGCUUUGCAGAUAAAAAACAACAUGAUAGCUCUUGUUAAAAGAGACUUGUUCUUACUGGAAAAUCAAAUUCCUUUUCAAGUCGUCAAUAAAUUGAGCUUCAAGUUCGGAGAUGAAACCGAAAAGAAGGAAAUGUUAAAUAAAUUUGUUACAAACAUCCGUAGUCUUCCUCCUAAAAGUGACAAGAAAAAUUUUCCUUUUAAUUUAUAUUUUUGGAAAAAAGAAGAGGAGCAACAUGCAAAGGAAAAAGAAGGAACAUCAGAUGAUGAACCUGCUCAUCUUCUUGACCUUGUGCGCUCCGAUCUCUUUGUAAAAUCCGUUUGGUCUCAAAAGCCUACUAAUUGGUUUUCUUGCCGGUCAGUGAAGGAGCUCAAGGAGGUGGGAAUCCAUUUCAGGUCUAGCAAGACUAACAAAUUCACAGACGUUGCUUUUCAACCCGGGUAUCUCGCAAAACUGGAACUUCCACCAAUAUACAUUGAUGAUUCAACAAAGUCUAUGCUGCUAAACGUGGUAGCAUACGAGUGUAGCCCCAAUGGUCCUGACGAUUUUGGAGUUUCUUCAUACAUAUGCCUGAUGGAUUCGCUUAUUGAUCAUGAGGAAGAUGUUAAGGAGCUUCGAUCAAAAGGUAUAUUUCUGAAUUUUCUAGGGAGUGAUCAACAGGUUGCUGAUCUUUUUAAUGAGAUAGCUGAUAAUUUGGUGUCACACCCACAUGCAUAUGCGGCUGUUAAAGAUGGAAUAGAAAAGCAUUACAAAAACAGGUUGAAGAUUUGGUUGGCAGAGUGGUUGCAUACUCAUUUCAGUAGCCCUUGGACGGUUCUUGCUUUUAUUGGUGCAGUUUUAGCACUUGUCUUGACUGUUAUUCAAACUUUAGAAUUGUUUAAGCCAAGUAAGAGCUAA